AUGACCACGUUAAACUCACCUACCGCAAUAAUCACCAAACUUGCCAUCAUAAUAACAGCCGGCAAUUUAUUUACACAUGUUUGGGGCCAAGAAGUAUCCGGAGUAUGCUAUGGAGAGUUGGGCUGUUUUAACCGCACCCACGACUACCAGCACGCGAUCAUAAGACCGGUAGCGUUAUUACCUCAAUCGCCGCAGCAUAUAAACACCAAGCUCAGUUUUUAUACUAGGCAACGACCCGAGGGUCGCCAUCUACUGCUUGACCAAUGGCUGGCCGGGGGUAAGGAUCUCAAGGCCUUCGUAGACCUGUCCACCGAUGAUCGCAAACCCCUGAAGUUUAUUGUCAUUGGUUUUAAUGAUAAUCCGAUUAAUCAACAGUGGAUUAAUCGGCUUAAGAAUGAGCUAAUUAUUAACAGUGAUUGCAAUGUGUUUAUUGUUGAUUGGUCUAAAGGAAAUGGUCUGCCCUACCAUCAGUCAAUAGAAAACAUGAGGGUAGUAGCGGCCCAGCUAUACGUGUUCAUAAUUAAUUUAUGGGGUUAUCUACAUGUUGAUUUCAACGAUUACCAUAUAAUAGGCUAUAGUGUUGGCGCACAUUUAGCCGGAUUGGUUGGUAAACAAGUUAAAAGUUACAAUGCCAGUAGUGCACUUGGUCGCAUUACCGGUCUAGAGCGUAAUUAAUCUAAUAUUAUUUCAAAUAAAAC